AGAAGAAGCUGAGAUAGCUCCAACUAACACUGAUGCAGAAAACUUGGGGGUGGGUGUGUCAGACGUAUUCACGGGCCAAAAGUUUGUCAAUGAGGCACAAAUCGAUGCAGAAGCUGCUGAUCACACAGAGCAGGUCUCAAAAGAUGGUCAUUUAUCUGUGGAUGCACCAAUAAUUACUGGUCAAGUCCCAGUUAACCAUGACAAUGAUGCUGAUCGCCAAAUUACUGUCCAUGAACCAAUUAGCCACACAGAACAGUGUACCACCGCAGAGCAAUUUCAGUUGGAAGAUGCCAACACACCUGAAUCCUUAGUAUCCUUCGGUCAGCCAACACAAGAAUGGGAAGUUAGCCAACAACUUCGAGAUGCUAAUAUUCACCCAGACAGAACCCCCCAUUUUGAUACUAGAGAGCCAUCCCACAAAGUGUGUAUUAGGAGUGGCAGUGAAAUCAUCAAAUUACCUCACACUGGAGCGGAGGCUCAACCUACCAACCUACAGCAGUCUGCCUCCACUGCACAACAGGCUGCCCACACUAUCCAGGUCUCUGAUGCAUCUGCUCUACAGCUGUCUCCCAGGCGCUCGGCGAGAUUUAAAAAAACAGAUGUUUCUACGGAAAAACAUACACUUGUUCGCACCGCCAAGAACAUGGAGAAGGACAAAACCAAUGUCCCAAGCUUUGUGAACCCCAACCAAUUCGGAGCUCCUGGAAAUGUUCUGCAAUGCGGUCAACUACCAGUUAUCGUAAAGAGGAUCAGGAAGAGACCAUUGAAGAUCAUUUCUCCAUUUAAAUUACAUCCUGUUAAGUCUACCAUUUCUCUCAACCACGCCCGAAAACUCCGUGACAUAGUAAUCAACGACCUUGAUCUCAAAAAGACUGGACUUCUUGCUUACGAACCUUCUAAGUUAUAUCUUACUGGCAUGGAUCUCGCAAAAAGCUUCGGCGAUGGGGCAUCAAUGCUACCCAGCUUGAUGGAAUACUACAUAGACAUUCUGCGUCACGAUGAGAUUAAAUUAAGGCCCACGUCGGCUGGGUACAGGAUGUUCCUUCGUUGGUCACUAUCGUUCCACCUUAAUGUCGAUGCUCGGCACGAGACGCAAUCCUUCAAUCCUACUUUCAUUGAGGCACUAUUAAAGGAAGACCUCGCGGAUAAAGACCCUCAAGAUGUUCGCAUGAUAUUAUGGGUAUCCCAUCAGGGCAGUCAUUUCUCAGUUUAUUGUGUGAAUCGUGUUCACAGACGGAUUGACAUCCUCGAUUCAGUUGACUGGAGCACACAACAGACUACAUUUGAGGAUUUUCAUAAGCCGUGGGGUCCUAUUGCUGUCGCCAGACUCAAUGAUGCUUUUUUAAAAGUUACUGAGGGGAAGUUCGACAACUUCUGCAAGUGGCCUAUUGCUAGAUUUCCAACCCCCAAACAACUUGCCAACGACUGUCCUUUCUUCUGUUUCAAAUUCCUGAAAUUUUAUGAUGGCGAGGAGAAUCAAUUACGAAUCAAAAUCGACCCAGAGAAGUUUAGUGAUUACAGGUCGGAGGAGCUUGCAUACAUGGUGUUCCAUGAAUUGAAUUUAUUUCGUCAGCUACCACCUCAAAUUGAAGUUUUGAGGAAGGCUAUUACAAAAGCAUAACCAGUUGCCGGCACUAGCAAACCAAAAUGUUUCGCGAGGGGAGUCACAAGCUAGCCAUGUUUAUUUCCAUAUCCACCAUGAUUACUUUCCCGACAGAUAUUCGUCCUAAUGUAAACCUAAGUGACGGAGAAUAUUAUUGUACUGCUUUCCGUACUUGCUUCUGCAUUACUGUAUUUUGUAUUAUCUAAUCGUAUAUUAGGUGGCACAAUCGAUGGCUGCAAUGUGCAUUAAUGUUUUAUAUA